AGCAGCGGUUCGCCACCGCUUGGGCUGGCCAGCUUGGUGGAGGUUGGCGGCGGCCAUUCAUUCUUCUGCGGUCCGCCGGAGGACGUGGAGCGAAAAAGAGCAAAAGACAGCAGACUCAAAGGAAAGGAAAAGUCCGCCCGAGUCUCACCUCACGCCUAAAAAAGAGAGAGAAAACCAUCCAGCGACUUCGAUAACGGGAGUCGUCUAUCGUGUGGGAGUUUUCAAAAGCUUCCUUCAGCAUCUUUCAGUCCAACGCGACUGACUCCUCAUCAUCAUCACUUGGACUUGGCAGUCGUCUUCAUCUCGAGGUUCCACGUGGGAGGUGUGUCCCACGCGGACUGGCUACCGGGGGAACGCCGCCUUUAAAACGAUGUAGAGGCGGAAACCGGUGCCAAAGUGCCAGGAGGAGGCCAGCGAGUCAGACGGCGGUCAGAAGGUAAAGAGGACACUCGGAGUAGGAAGUCAAGCGUCGACCUGAAAAACUGGCAAGGGUGUUGAGAAGCAGACCAAAGCGGCUGAAGGGAAGCGAUUAAUAAAAAGGGCCGGAAGGACUGAAGAGGACCAGGAGGGCUAAAAAGAAAAGAGCAGAAAGGACUACAAGAAGAAAGGAAUCAAAAGGAGCGAAGGGGUUAAAACAAGGGACUGAAAGAAGGACACAAAGGACUGAAGAACGGGACUACAAGAAGGACUGAAAGACAGGCUACAAGGACAAGAAGUGAAAGAAUGACUAAAACGAGGAAGUAAUUGGCUUAAAUGACAAGUGAACACCAAUAAUUAAAGAAGGACUAAAACAAGGACUUAAUAGGCUUAUAAAUGAACUGCAAAAGGACUAAGACCAGGACUUAAAGAAGAACUGAAACAAGGACUAACGCAAGGAAGCAAGGACUCUACCCAAGGGUUUAAACAAGGACUUAAAGAAGGCCUGACUAAAGAAAUUAAUGAAGGUCUGAAACGCGAACUUCAGGAAGGACUUAAGGAACAACUAAAACAAGGACUUAAACAAGGCCUGAAGGAGUGACUUUAAAGGCCUGGAGGACUUAAAGAAGGUCUUAAAUGAGGACUUAAAGAAGGACUAACAAGAACUGAAAUAAGAACUUAAAGGCCUUCCGGAAGGAGUAAAGGACUAGGAGAAGUCCUGAAACAAGGACUUGAAGGAGAACUCAAAGAAGGACUGAGAGAUUUAAAGGAGCAGCGAAAGGUCUGAAGUAAGCGUCGACCAUGUGCCACGUGAUCGUGACGUGUCGCUCCAUGCUGUGGACGCUGCUGAGCAUCGUGGCCGCCUUCGGCGAGCUCAUCGCCUUCAUGAGCAGCGACUGGCUGGUGGGCUUCCCUCGCACGCCCGACCACCACCACCACGGCUCCUCCUCCUCCUCGUCCUCGGCGGCGGCCGGCGAGGCGUACCGCCCCACGCUGGGCAUCUACGGCCGCUGCGUCAAGCUGCCGCACCUCCAGCACGGCGUCCUGUGCGGACCGUACGCCGUCCACUUCGGGGAGAUCGCCAGCGGGUUCUGGCAGGCCACGUCCAUUUUCCUGGCGGCCGGCAUCCUGCUGCUGUGCGCCGUGGCCUUCAUCUCCGUCUUCACCGUGUGCUUCCAGAGCAUCAUGAAGAAAAGCAUCUUCAACGUCUGCGGGCUGCUGCAAGGCAUCGCGGGCCUCUUCCUGAUCCUGGGCCUGAUGCUGUACCCGGCCGGCUGGGGCUCCGACAAGGCCCGCCUGUACUGCGGCGCGGAGGCGGCGCCGUACCGGGCCGGCCUGUGCUCCAUGGGCUGGGCCUUCUACACGGCCGCCGGCGGCACGGCGCUCACCUUCCUCUGCGCCGUCUUCUCGGCGCAGGCGGAGAUCGCCACGUCCAGCGACAAGGUGCAGGAGGAGAUCGAGGAGGGCAAGAGCCUCAUCUGCCUCCUCUGAACUCCGCCGCCGCCGUCGCCGCCACUAAAGACUCGGCACUGUAAAUACGUGUACAUAGAUUUGCAUUCUGUCAUUCGUUCCGGGGUCACGCCACUCCACACUAAUAAAAACUCCACUCGGUGUGGAACCAGCGACGCUGUGAUAUCGACUGGCUCUCUGUCACCGUGUGUGCGUGUGGCCGUGUCAAAGUGGGUGAGUGUGUAACUGUGUGUGCUUGUGUGUCCUAAUUUGUGUCCAUGUUUGCAUGAGUGUUAAGUGUGUUUGUGAAUAUACUUGUCUAAAUGUGUGUACGUGUGUGUCUGUGUGUAUGUGUCUCCAGGUGUGGAAGUAAGUGUGUUACACACUCAGACUUUGUGUCCAGGUGUGGAUGUCCACAUGUAUCAGAAUCAGAAUCAGAAUCAGAAUCAUCUUUAUUUGCCAAGUAUGUUGAAAAGAGACAAGGAAUUUGUCUCCGGUAGUUGGAGCUGCUCGAGUACGACAACAGACAGCCAUUUGACAGAAAAUACUUUAGAGACAUAAAAACACAGUACGGAGCGUCACUGAGCAAUGAAACGUUACCGGUAGUGUGGUAAUGCAGACACAUUUAUUAUUUUUUUUAUUGUUUUACAAUUGUGCAAAGGAUGCAGAGUCCUCUAGCAAUUUUGAGCAGUUGGAAAAUUACUAAUAGAGCACUAAUCUGGCACAGCAAAUUCAAGAAGUUCAAAGUGACUAGUAGUGUGCUAAUCUGGAACAGUGUCUAGGUGAGUAUGUGUGUACCAAAAGAGAAUUGGGGGGGGGGGGGGGGGGGGG